AUGUCUGCUUUGAACUCCACGUUUAAUAGUGCGGACGCCGAGAACGGCGUGACGAACAAGCAAGGGCUCUCCGCCGCACAGUUCGCAGCCUCCUUCAUCACUGCCAUCGCCCUAUUUGCAGUUCAAGCUGCCAUCUUCCUUCUCAUCAAGGAUCGAUUCGCACGAAUAUACCAACCGAGAACAUUCCUUGUCCCGGAACGAGAAAGAACAGCACCAGUCACACCGGGCUGGUUCAAAUGGAUCAAACCAGUCCUGAAGACUUCAAACUCCGAGUUCGUAGAGAAGUGUGGUCUUGACGCCUACUUCUUUCUGAGAUACCUACGCACCUUACUCAAGAUAUUUGUACCGGCAGCAUGUGUGAUAAUACCUAUAUUACUGCCCCUGAACGCAGUCGGUGGCAGGGGUGGUCAAUGGGCGUUGCGCAAUCCUCAAGACGACAACGCUUUGAAUGUCACAGGUCUCGAUGUGCUGGCAUGGGGCAACGUGUCUCCCAAACAUACGAGACGCUAUUGGGCCCACUGGCUGCUGGCGAGCUCCCUCAUCAUCUACUUCUGCUAUGUGGCCUUUGACGAGCUCAGAGGUUACGUCCGAAUGAGGCAGGCAUAUAUGACCUCGCCACAACAUCGUCUUCGAGCAUCUGCGACCACUGUCCUUGUCAGCUCCAUUCCUGCAAAGUGGUGCACCGUGGAAGCCCUGGACGGACUCUACGAUGUAUUCCCAGGUGGCCUGAGAAACAUCUGGAUCAACAGAAACUUCGACGAGCUAAGCGACAAGAUCAAGAAGCGAGACAAGUUCGCAUCGAAGCUUGAGGCUGCAGAAACCGACCUCAUCAAGAAAUGCUUCAAGAAAAAUGAGGAGAACCUGGCUAAGGCGGAGAAGCAAGCAGGCAAGAAACUCUCCAAGGAUGAGAAACAGCGUCGUAAAGCCGUCAAGGAUGCUGCUGGUCGUGAGGUUGCUAGCAGCCAAGGAUUGGACUCGAACAAUCCUCAUCAGGUUAAUCACACUGUUUCUGAGGCCCUCGGCGGUGACCACGAGUCCAUAGUAUCGUCCCUUGACGAGCAGAACGCCGAAACGCAACACGAGAAGAGGACUGUCCCAAUACCCAUCGUUGGUGAAGGCAUCGAGGCCGUCAAGCAUGGGCUCGGCAAGGUCACUGGCGGCAUAUUCGGCGGCAUUCGUGGUGUCAACAAAGACAUUAAUGAGACGAUUGAUACUACUAACGGUUUUAUGGCGACUGAGAAUGACAGCAAGCAGGCCUUCGACACCAGGAGAGAUCACAGCCGAAUUCUCCGGAAGCCAUUGCCCAACAGCCCACAAUCCAAGAACGAAAAGACUUUCGGGACCACCCGUGCCACUCAUGGUGCCAAGGACGCCUCUGCCCAUGGCGUCGCCAGCAGAACAGGGACACAGCAAUUCGAUAAAGCAGACCAUACUAGGCAUUCUGGCUCUCAGGGCAGCACUCUUGGCAAAGAGAAUCCCCAGCCAGAGCCACCUCUCACUGGAUUUGCAAAGUUCAAGCGUACAAUUGGGCUGACGUCUGAGCCCAAAGAGCCCGUAGAUUAUCCUUCUGCCUUCGAAGACGAGUUCACGCAUGACCCUGAAGACGGCGUCUGGAGACGAUACUUGACUGAAAAGGAUCGUGACACUAUGCGGCUUCCCAUAUUCGGAUGGCAGUGGAUGUUUGCGCUACCUUUCCUUGGUCAGAAGGUUGAAACCAUUCGCUACUGUCGCGAACAGGUUGCUAAGCUUAACGUCGAGAUCGAGGACGACCAGGCCAACCCUGAGCGAUUUCCACUCAUGAAUUCAGCCUUCAUCCAAUUCAACCAUCAGGUGCUGCGCACAUGGCUUGCCAGGCACUGA